CAUGGGAUUCAAUCUCCUUUCUGAGACCUACGCCCAACAAGGUGAUCAGAUUGCAAUAGUGAGAUAUGAAAAUGAAGGCAUUAAUGCUGAUGGCUCGUAUCAGUGGAGUUUUGAAACUGCGAAUGGAAUAAGAGCACAAGAACAGGGACAACUGAAGAAUGCUGGAACUGAAAAUGAAGGACCAGAAGUACAGGGGUCUUACCAAUACACUUCUAACGAUGGUGUUCCCAUAGCUCUCAGCUAUAUUGCAAAUGAAGACGGUUUCCAACCACAAGGUGAGCACCUUCCUACACCUCCUCCUAUUCCACUAGCUAUUCAAAGAUCUCUAGAAUGGAAUGCUGCACAUCCAGAAGAAGAAGAGGCAGGUAGGCCCCAAAGACAGGCUCCCUCAGUUCAACCGGCUUACAAUAAUAAUCGCUUCCAAAGAAAAUAUUGAUUAAUAAAUCAGUAAUCAUCAGCUCAUUUUGUAUAUAUUUCCUCAAUAAAUUUCAUCG